AUGGAUUACUUACAAGAAACCAACGCAAUAGGUUUGGAGGACAUCAAUUUAUUAGAAGAAGAUGGGGAUAGUGGAACUAUCUUCGACGAGGAAGGCAUUGAUAAGGAAGACAACGAAAAGCACUCUGAGGAUGUCGUUUCUCCGUGUGUUGGGAUGUAUUUUGAUAGUGUUGACAACGUCAAGAAAUUUUACAAAGAAUACGCUAUUAGAAGUGGUUUCAGAACAAGAAUCAGAACUUCGACAAAAGACGAUGACAAUCAAUUAUGUUACUUCAAAUUAGUGUGUUCGCGGGAGGGAAAGUGUGUGUCCUCCAUACCACCUGAAAUGAAGACACUGCCCACACAAAGAAAACAAUGUCCUACGUGCAUUACUGUGGUUAGAAGAAAAGAUAAGUGGAUGAUUAACAGUGUGGUCCAUGAACACAAUCAUGACGUAAGUCCAUCCAAGUCAAGACUAAUUCGUGGGAAUAGGAAGUUGAAUAUGCAAGCCAAAAGAACCCUUGACAUAAAUGACGAAGCAGGUGUGCGUAUUCACAAGAGCUUUCGUUCUUUAGUGUGUGAUGCAGGGGGGUUUGAGAACUUAUAUUUUGUCGAAAGAGAUGCAAGAAACUAUAUUGGUCAACAACGACGCGCUUUAGAGAAGGAAGGUGACAGACAAGCUUUAUUAAACCACUUUUUCAGUAUGAAGGAGUUGAACAAAGACUUCUUUUUUGAAAUUGACGUUGAUGUAGAUAAUCGCAUAACCAAUAUAUUUUGGGCAGAUGGAAGGAGUCAGGCUGCAUGUGCAGAUUUUGGUGACAUUGUGUCCUUCGACACCACAUACUUAACUAAUAAGUACGAUAUGCCUUUUGCACCAUUUGUGGGUGUUAAUCACCAUGGAUAUACCAAAUACAAGGAAAUCAAGCAUGGUGUAAAACAAUUGGUAUAUGAGUCAGAUAAUGCUGAAGAUUUUGAGAAUGGGUGGGCAAAAUUCAUUGAAAAGUAUGAUCUUCAACUUAAUGAAUGA